GGAUGGGGAUUGCACGGUACCGGGUUUAAAGCGGGAUGACCCAGAUGAACCGCAGGAAGGCCCAGAUGAACCGCUAGACGCUUCAGUUUCUUUCGUCACCUGAAAACAAAACGAAAGAGAGAGUGGGACGAGAUGGAGCUCCGACGAUGGCCUUGGGAAGAGAUGACGACGAUGGCCGUGGGAAGAGAUGGAGCUCCGACGAUGGCCGUGGGAAGAGAUGGAGCUCCGAUGAUGGCCGUGGGAAGAUGGCCGUGGGAAGAGAUGACGACGAUGGCCGUGGGAAGAGAUGGAGCUCCGAUGAUGGCCGUGGGAAGAUGGCCGUGGGAAGAGAUGACGACGAUGGCCGUGGGAAGAGAUGGAGCUCCGAUGAUGGCCGUUCGAUGUCCGACAGGCGACAAUGCUUCUGGUGACCACAUCGUGUUCAAUCUGCAGCAGAGGAGCCUCUCUUCCUUUUCGUUCCACCAAAAGCAGAAGAAUGAAAUUGCCAAAGCUGUUGAAGAGGAGCUCGAGAAGGAAAUGUCUGCUUACGGUUUUGAGAUUGUGCAAACUCUCAUCGUUGACAUUGAGCCUGAUGAACAUGUCAAACGAGCCAUGAACGAGAUCAACGCUGGAAACAAAACCGUCUCAUCAUUUCCUUUAUAGACUGGUUUUCAUAUUAGUAACAAAAAUGGUUUCUUUUCUCUUCUUUAUUCUGUCAAUUUAAUUUCUAUUUUCUAGACAAAUUAGAUAAGAUAAGCAAAGUCCACAACGAAGCUAUAUGUUUCUUUCACGUGUAGUCAUUGACAUUGCCGAGGUGAUGAUUAAGAUGUUUUGUUUCAUUACCUAAAGGUGUUGAUAUAUCGUAGGAAACUUCAUUUACCAUGCUCACGCUAUUAGUGCCAUUUCCUUUUAAUGGCAACUAGAUAUUGACAUUGUCAUAGGAUUUGAACGGGUUUAUAUAUAGGAUCAAUAAUACAUCUCAGAAAGACAAAAGUUUUAUUUCACAUGAUGUGAAAUGAUUCUGAAACGAUUAUAGACAAGUAUGUCUUGUUCAUGAGCUAUGCAUCUAGAUUGAACUGAUAUGUUUGUACCCAUGAUGCAAAGGUGAAGAAUCUGCAUGACAAGCUGAGUAUUCUGUAUGAGCAAGACAGACGUAAGUGGUCACCUAUUUUGAUAUACUGUUUCUUUUAGUAACAAAUAUGUCUGGCAAGCUUGGAUGAAUACACAAAUAUUAUACAGGAAGAAGUAGACAAUGUAAUAUCCGAUAUCCCGCGGGACGGCCCCCGAAGGUCUGCAAAGAAUGCGGUACGGGAUUGGGCAGCUAUUUUUAGGACCGCAUCCCGCGCGGGACAGGUCCGCCGUGUCCCGCCUGAAGACAAACCUGCAGCGGUCCGGGACGGGA